AUGUAUAUCAUAAAAUGUGUAAAAUUUAUUUUAAGUAUUUGUCUUUUUUACCUAAUUGUAACACUAAAUCAAACAAAUUGGACCUUGGCAUUCAGACCGCAGAAUAUCAAAACAGAACUUACACAUUUUCACAUCUACUCAAAUGGAAGUUGUAAAAAAAAGGCUUUUUUGCUGGAUUCUACAGAUUGUGAUCAAGAAAACGCUACAACAACAUUGGUUGAGGAUGAAAUCACAGCUGAAGAUUAUCCAAAAUACAAUAAAUACCCAAGUUUUUGUACAGGAAGAUUUAAUUUUUUCGAACUUGAUCUAUUUAAAGACAAAAAACUAAUUAGUAAAGAAAUUUACCCCAAAUUCAUAGCCUAUUUACAUCUCUUCACGAAACUAGAUUUUGACCUUCACAGAUAUGGAUCGUUCUCAAUUUCAUACAAGGACCAAGAUAAAAACAACGCUAAUGAAGCUGUGAAUCCGAAGCAUUUUUAUAAUUCCAACAAGAUAAACACCCUGGAUGACGACUUUGAUGAAACUUCACUCAUAAAAAUCCACACAUACGGAAAAGAACAAUUCAAGGAUGAGGGUAAAGAGUUUCUCAAACAACUGGAUAAUCAAAAGAUAGAAACAUAUGACGUUAAAGAUUUAAUCACAAAAACAGUCCCACAAAAGGAUGUGAAGUUAGAGUUAAGAAAUUCUCUCCAAAAUCAAAUUAUCAAUAAAUAUGACUUAAAUUCAUUGUAUGAAAACAUAAAACCGCGAGAGUGGCUCUACUUACCUGAUAAAAAAAUCUUGAAUAUUAAUUUGUUUCUGGAGGACAUUUCCCUACCAAUUCAUUUAAGCUUUAGACUGUAUCCUGGAACUAGACCUCUUGUUAUACAUAAAGGAUGUAUAUUUGUACCUAAACAAGCCCCAACUAAUUUUAAUUGUGAUGGUUCUAGUACCGAAAUUGAUUUAGUCUGUUUUACUAAAGUGAGACCCGUGGUUAAUUAUUCAACCAAGAAAAUCCUGUCAAAUGAUUUAAGUAGGUCAAAAAUUAAACUCAUAACUAUAAGUGGUUCUCUUAGACAACGGUUUAAUAUACUGUUUAAGAUACUGGAACUGUUGAAUGCGAAUUCUCCGCCAUAUAAACUACAAGAUCCUAUUCCUCUAAAUAAUGCAGUGCCUUCAUCCUGCAUCAAAUUACCCAUUCACGUGAAAAGUUUAGCUGUUUACCUGAAUUCUAAGUUUAGAUUUGUUAUACCGCUUCUCACAUACUUUGAUAAUUUAACUGGCAUGACACAUCUGUGUAACCAUGGCACAACUUUCGAUUUUAAACCAGACAGAGUAUGGUUUCCAAUCAGAACCGGCUACGGUAGUUUUAACAAAUAUUUUGUGCCUAUCCAGUACAGAAAAGCUGGAUUCUUCUCUAGUAACCAGAUAGAUUUCAAACCUGAGGUUAUAUUUAACAUGCUAUCGAGUUACCUAAGCUUCUGGAAAUUAAUAGAAGACCAUGAAUCGAAAGACUUAGUUGAUGGAAACACUUGUUUGAAGAAAACUUUCGAGGAGGUUAAGGAGAGUGAAAAGGGUGAUGGCGAGAAUAAGGAGAAAAGGAAUUAUAAAGUAUACUACGUAGGCGGUAAGUAUAAGAUGAUUUACAAGGAUGAAGAUGGCUCAAUAAUAUUAAAUUUACUUCUUUAG